AUGCGCAGUCCUUUGUUGACUCCGGACAUGCUUGCCUUUCUCAGGGCAAGGUAGUUCCGCCGACGGAAGAUGGCGGCGGAGACAACAACGGAGCUCCUGUUUCUAGACACGUUCAAACACCAGAGCACGGAGCAAAGUAGUAAUGUAGACGUGGUUCGUUUCCCAUGCGUAGUUUACAUCAAUGAAGUGCGUGUCAUCCCUCCCGGAGUAAAAGCUCACUCUAACCUACCUGAAAAUAGAGCCUAUGGUGAGACAUCUCCUCAUUCAUUUCAAUUGGACUUGUUUUUCAAUAAUGUCAGCAAGCCAAGUGCCCCUGUAUUUGACAGGCUGGGAAGCCUGGAGUAUGAUGAGAACUCUUCAAUUAUUUUCAGGCCUAAUGCAAAGGUCAAUACAGACGGGUUAGUUCUGAGAGGUUGGUACAACUGCUUGACAUUGGCAAUCUACGGCUCUGUUGAUAGAGUCAUAAGCCAUGACAGGGACUCUCCUCCUCCUCCUCCUCCUCCACCUCCUCCUCCUCAGCAGCAAACGACUUUGAAAAGACCCCCUAAACUUGCUGAUGGAGAGAAAGAGGAUCAGUUCAAUGGCAGUCCUCCACGGCCACAGCCUAGAGGACCCAGGACUCCACCAGGACCCCCACCUCCUGAUGAUGAUGAAGAUGAGCCAAUGCCUGUAUCAGUGGUUGGAGAAAAAGAUGAUGAUGUUGAUCACAGAGAAGAUUACUUUGAGCCCAUUUCUCCUGAUCGGACAUCUGUGCAUCAAGAGGGGCCUUAUUCUGAUGAAGCAGAAGUAGAAGAAGAUCAGCCAGAAGAAGUAGAAGAUGAUGAAGAUGGAGUGGACGUGGAGGAGGAGGAAGAGGAAGAAGAGGAUGAAGAUGGCCAAACGGAGAGUAUUCCAGAAGAAGAGGAGGAGGAUGAAGAAGAUGAUGUAGAGGAUGGUGAUGAAGAUGAUGAUGAAGAAGACGGUGAUGAAGAGGAGGAAGUUGAAGGUGAUGAUGGUUAUGAGCAGAUUUCAAGUGAUGAAGAUGGAAUUGCAGACUUGGAGCGUGAGACUUUUAAGUAUCCAAGCUUUGACAUAGAAUACACUGCAGAAGAUCUAGCCAGAGUGCCACCUGUGACCUAUGAUCCUUUUGAUAGGGAGCUGGGCCCACUUCUGUACUUCAGCUGUCCAUACAAGACCACUUUUGAGGUGGAAGUUGCUAAGAUGAGAGAGCAAGAUCUAGAAAAGGAAGGCUCGGGAGCAGUGGAGACUUCCAUAAAAUUGACUGAACUGCUUGAACUGUAUCAAGAAGAGAGAAAUACAAAGUGGGUCACUGCUUUGGAAGAAAUUCCAAGUUUAAUAGUCAAAGGACUAAGCUACUUGCAGUUAAAAGACACAAAUCAGGACUAUAUAAGCCAGCUGGUUGACUGGACAAUGCAGUCUUUAAAUCUACAGGUAGCCCUGAGACAGCCGAUUGCUUUGAAUGUCCGGCAACUGAAAGCUGGGACAAAACUUGUUUCCUCACUGGCAGAAUGUGGAACACAAGGAAUAUCUGGGCUCCUGCAAGCAGGAGUAAUUAACUCUUUAUUUGAGCUGCUCUUUGCAGAUCAUGUCUCUUCUUCCCUUAAACUCAAUGCUUUCAAAGCUCUGGAUAGUGUUAUUAGCAUGACUGAAGGAAUGGAAAUGUUUUUGAGGAGUGGCUUAGAAGCCCAUGAGAAAAGUGGUUAUCAAAGACUCCUGGAGCUUAUCUUGCUGGAUCAGACAGUAAGAGUAGUCACUGCAGGCUCUGCCAUUCUUCAGAAAUGCCAUUUCUAUGAGAUUUUGUCUGAGGUCAAAAAGUUUGCUGACCAAUUAGCAGAAAAUCCUCCAUCCCUUCCUAAUCAUUCUGAGCCUGAGCAGGAUCCAGAUGCUGGAGGCCAGGAUUAUGAGAAUGACGUGGAAGUCCCGAUGGACAUGGACAACCUUUUGGAGUCUUCUAGUAUGAGUGAAGGUGAAGUGGAGAAACUCAUUAACCUUUUGGAUGAAAUUUUGCAUCUGAUGGAGACUGCACCUCAUACCAUGAUCCAGCCCCCUGUGAAGUCUUUCCCAACAACAGCACGUAUUACAGGCCCUGCAGAAAGGGAUGACCCUUUCCCAGUCCUGUUCAGGUACCUCCACAGCCACCAUUUCUUGGAAUCCAUUACAUUGCUCUUGUCGAAUCCAGUAACAAAUGUACACUCUGGGGUACUUCAGUCUGCUAGGGAUAUCUUGAGAUUCUUGGCACAAUCACAGAAAGGUCUCCUUUUCUUCCUCUCGGAGUAUGAAGCCACCAACCUUCUUGUGCGAGCCUUUUGCCAAUUUUCAGAUCCCGAUCAAGAGGACGGUCUCCAGACAGAUGGUGCGAGUGAUGAAGCAUUUCCCCUGUGGCUUCUUCAUUCAACACAGACUCUGCAGUGCAUUUCAGAACUUUUUUCCCACUUCCAGCGCUUCACAGCCACUGAUGAAACUGACCAUUCAGAUCUCUUGGGAACGCUUCAUAACCUCUACCUGAUCACUUUUAAUCCUGUGGGAAGAGCUGCUGUUGCUCAUGUUUUCAGCCUUGAGAAGAAUCUCCAGAGUCUCAUUACUUUAAUGGAGUUCUAUUCCAAAGAGGCAUUAGGUGAUUCCAAGUCAAAGAAGUCAGUUGCCUAUAAUUAUGCCUGCAUUCUUGUUCUGCUGGUGGUCCAGUCCUCCAGUGACGUACAAAUGCUUGAGCAGUAUGCGGCGCCCUUGUUGAAGCUUUGCAAAGCUGAUGAAAACAACACUAAGUUGCAAGAACUUGGCAAAUGGCUGGAACCUUUGAAAACCAUCCGCUUUGAAAUUAAUUGUAUCCCCAGUCUCAUUGAAUAUAUCAAACAGAAUAUUGAUAGCUUGAUGACCCAGGAAGGAGUUGGUCUUCCUACUGCACUUCGUGUCCUGUGCCAUAUUGCAUGUCCUCCACCACCUGUUGAAGGUCAGCAGAAAGAUCUUAAGUGGAACCUUGCAGUUAUUCAACUCUUCUCUUCUGAAGGAAUGGACACUUUUAUCCGAGUUCUGCAGAAGCUGAAUAGUGUCCUUAUUCAGCCCUGGAGGCUCCAUGUCAACAUGGGAACUACUCUUCAUAGAGUCACUACAAUCUCUAUGGCCCGAUGUACUCUUACUCUUCUGAAAACCAUGUUAACUGAACUCCUACGGGGAGGAUCCUUUGAAUUCAAAGAUAUGCGUGUUCCUUCGGCACUUAUUUCCUUACACAUGCUGUUGUGUUCUAUUCCCCUCUCGGGGCGUUUAGACAGUGAUGAACAGAAAAUCCAGAAUGAUAUUAUUGAUAUUUUGUUGACUUUCACUCAAGGUGUCAAUGAAAAGCUGACCAUCUCAGAAGAAACUCUGGCCAAUAAUACUUGGUCGCUCAUGCUAAAAGAGGUCCUUACGUCUGUUCUGAGAAUUCCUGAAGGAUUUUUCUCUGGUCUUAUACUGCUUUCUGAAUUGCUGCCACUCCCUCUGCCCAUGCAAACCACGCAGGUUAUUGAACCGCAUGACAUAGCCGUGGCUCUUAAUACUAGGAAGCUAUGGAGCAUGCAUCUUCAUGUUCAAGCAAAACUGUUGCAAGAAAUAGUACGGUCCUUUUCUGGCUCCACCUGUCAGCCUAUUCAGCACAUGUUGAGGCGCAUUUGUGUUCAGCUGUGUGAUUUGGCCUCACCAACUGCUCUCCUUAUUAUGAGGACAGUUCUGGAUCUGCUUGUUGAAGACCUGCAAAGCAAUCCAGAAGAUAAAGAGAAGCAGUACACUGGCCAGACUACCCGUCUACUUGCUUUACUUGAUGCCUUGGCUUCACACAAGGCUUGUAAAUUGGCUAUUCUGCACCUGAUUAAUGGAACUGCUAAAGGCGACGAAAAGUAUGCUGAAGUUUUCCCAGAGCUUUUGUCUCUAAUGCGACUUGCAGGGGACAAUGUUAUUCAUCAACAGUGUGCUGAAUAUGUAGCAUCUCUUUUACAGUCUCUCUGCGAUCAGGACAUUGCAUUGAUCUUGCCCAGUUCUUCAGAGUCCACUCUUUCAGAAUUGGAGCAGCUUUCCAAUUCCCUGCCCGGCAAGGAACUUGUGGCUUCCAUCUGUGACUGUCUGGUGGAAACACUUGCAAAUGCGGAGGGCAGUUAUAGCUGUUUACUGACAUGCAUCAGGACCAUGAUGUUCCUUACAGAACAUGACUAUGGAUUCUAUCACCUGAAGAGCUCUCUGAGAAAACACAGUGGUGCUCUGCAAACCGUACUGAAGAGAGUAGUAAGCAGCUUUAGUAAGGACACUGGAGAACUUGCCUCUUCUUUUCUGGAUUUUACGAGACAGAUACUAAAUUCUGACACACUGGGCUGUUGUGGAGAUGAUGGAAGCCUUGCAGAAGUAGAUGGAGGCCAUCCGACUAGAACAUUGGGUCUUACUACUGCAGAAUUAAAACAGCAGUUACAAAACAAAGAAGAAAUGCCUGACAACCUGCUCCUUGAGCUGGAGAAGCUAGUUUUGGAGCGUUCUAAAGAAGAUGAUAGUCUGGAAUCUUUAUUGGACAAUGUUGUCGGACUUCGGCAGAUGCUGGAAUCUGCUGGUGAUCCUUGUCCUCUGAGCGAUCAAGAUGUAGAACCAGUCCUUCCUGCACCAGAAUCUCUCCAGCAUCUUUUUAACAACAGGACUACAUACAUCUUGUCAGAUGUGAUGGAUGACCAGCUGAAGUCUAUGUGGUUCUCUCCAUUCCAGGCUGAAGAAAUUGAAACUGACCUUGACAUGGUGAAGGUUGACUUAAUUGAACUGUCAGAAAAAGGAUGCAGUGACUUUGAUUUGCAGGCAGAACUGGAGAGGUCAUUUCUGUCAGAGCCUUCCUCUCCUGGUCGGACAAAAACCACCAAAGGCUUUAAACUUGGAAAACACAAACAUGAGACAUUUAUAACAUCCAGUGGGAAGUCAGAAUAUAUAGAACCCGCCAAGAGGGCCCAUAUUGUGCCCCCACCGAGAGGAAGGGGCAGGGGAGCGUUUGGUCAAGGCAUUCGGCCCCAUGACAUAUUCCGUCAGAGGAAGCAGAACACAAGCAGGCCGCCUUCAAUGCACGUCGAUGACUUUGUGGCAGCAGAGAGCAAGGAAGUGGUUCCACCAGAUGGCAUCCCGCCCCCCAAGAGGCCACCUAAAGUGUCACAGAAGAUCUCUUCCCGAGGAGGAUUCUCUGGGAACCGAGGAGGACGAGGAGCCUUUCACAGCCAGAAUCGAUUCUUCACACCACCUGCUUCAAAAGGAAAUUACAGCCGUCGCGAGGGUGCUAGAGGGUCAAGCUGGAGCGCACAGAGUUCUCCACGAGGGACAUACAAUGAAAGCAGAGGGGGCCAGAGCAAUUUUAACAGAGGCCCACUUCCACCUUUGAGACCAUUAAGUUCUGCAGGUUAUCGGCCAAGUCCUCGUGAUCGUGCCUCCAGAGGCCGUGGUGGAAUUGGGCCCUCUUGGGCAAGCGCAAACAGUGGCAGCAAUGGUGGCUCAAGAGGAAAGUUUGUUAGCGGAGGCAGUGGAAGAGGGCGGCACGUCCGUUCUUUUACCCGAUAAAACUUUUGGGAAUUGCCAGACAGAACCUUUCAAGAAGGGGACGGUGCUUACGCAUUUGAGGACCAUGGCUAGACUUUUAACUGGUAUCUGAGGACAGCAGCCUGAUUUUUUUUUAACGGAAUCCAAUUUUGUUUGAUACGAAAUCAGAUUUCAAUAAAACUUUUUUUGUGCGUGUA